ACAUCGGCUCCUACUCCAGGAAUAACGGCGUCGUCAACACCUGGUUCUCUUCAAGGAUCCGUUACCGGAACAAGUCCACAGUCAGCCGCUUCAUCUACAACCUCUAAAGGUGGUUCGCAAUCUGCAAACAGCGGUAGCGGACUUUCCACAGGCGCGAUCGCUGGCGUCGCAAUCGGUUGCCUUGCUGCGGGCGCCUUGAUCGCUGGGCUCGUUUUGUGGGCUUGUUGGCGCAGAAGGAGUAAGUCAAGAACUCAAUAUUCACAGACCAACACAUACGCAACGUCUUCGAAUGAGAAAGGAUUCACUGCGAAUGCUAUACCAUUAACUGGACAACGAUCAUCGGCCUUGGCUUCUGGGGGUGUAUUUCCUCAACCGUUAGAAGACAAGGCCAUCUCUGGCGAUGUCUCGAAAAUAAGCAAUGCUAUCAAGAAUCACGUCCAAAGUUAUUACCACACUAGUCGUGUUAGCCCUGGCUUGAUCGAUCAUGAUGAUCUUCAGGCAUUAGGAUCAAAUCUACCAGUUUCGGCUGGAACGCUUGCUACCUUGAUGGAAAGUACUGCGACUAGGGAGAUCGCUUUGAGGUUUAUCAUCGCCUGGGUCAUAAUCUCAAAGAUCCAGCCUUCUAGAGACCCUUCAAAGAGCCUUCUGCCGUCUGAAGUUGCACAUUGCUACCAAGCCAUUACAAAUGGAGAUGAUGGUUAUCAAGGUCAAGCCUCAUUGACGGCACGCUGGCGGGUCAUGACUGCGGAGUUGAUGCAAUCCAGCUACGUUCGCAAUCCCUUCAGUCCUUCCGACAGUCGACAUGCAAGCAUACAAGCAACUCUCGCGACACUAGACAGCAUACUGCAGCCAUAUGCCGACAGUCGUAUGAACAAUGGAGAACGCAAGAGAAACCUCGAGGAAGUGUUGAAGCGCGCUGCGCUGUUUGCCUACACGCUGUUCUCUCAGCCUAGCGCAUGGGAAUUUGAGUGGCAGGAGGAACAAGGUGUUACUUCGGGGGAGUUGUGCAUUUUCCCCGCUCUUAUGCAAGUGGCAGACGAGACUGGCCAACCUGUCAACCCGCCGCGACCGUUCAGCGAGGCUGUAGUUAGACGGUUG